CGUCUCCUUCGGUUGCUUCCCGUCCGCUCGGCGGCUCCCCUCCCCCGCCCGGCUCUCCGCGCCCCUCCCGGGCGCCGGGGCGGCGGGGCCGUCGGCGUGCGGCCCGCCGUGUGUCCGCGCCUGCGCCGGGGCGCGCCUUCGCCGCCCGCAGCCCGACGCGCGCCCCGCGACACCGAGGCCGAGCGGGGGCUGGGGCUGGCCGUCAUGACUCCUCGGAGCUCGGCGUGAGCGGGCCGAGGGCCAUCUUUCCCCCUCAGAUGCGGUGAUCCUCCAGCACCUGCCGCGGCCUCCCUGCAGGUCGCCUCAUCUCCACGCUCCAGUGGGCCUGAGACCCCAACGCCAUCCCAGGCACCAUGUCGACCUCGUCACUGCGGCGGCAGAUGAAGAAUAUCGUGCAUAACUACUCGGAGGCAGAGAUCAAGGUCCGAGAGGCCACAAGCAAUGACCCCUGGGGCCCAUCAAGCUCCCUCAUGUCAGAGAUCGCCGAUCUCACCUACAACGUUGUGGCCUUCUCUGAGAUCAUGAGCAUGAUCUGGAAGCGGCUCAAUGACCACGGCAAGAACUGGCGCCAUGUCUACAAGGCCAUGACACUGAUGGAGUACCUCAUCAAGACGGGCUCAGAGCGCGUGUCCCAGCAGUGCAAGGAGAACAUGUAUGCCGUGCAGACACUCAAGGACUUCCAGUAUGUGGACCGGGAUGGCAAGGACCAGGGCGUGAACGUGCGGGAGAAGGCCAAGCAGCUGGUAGCCCUGCUGCGGGACGAGGACCGGCUGCGGGAGGAGCGUGCCCAUGCGCUCAAGACCAAGGAGAAGCUGGCACAGACUGCCACGGCCUCCUCAGCAGCUGUGGGCUCGGGCCCCCCCCCUGAGGCGGAGCAGGCCUGGCCGCAGAGCAGUGGCGAGGAGGAGCUUCAGCUCCAGCUGGCCCUGGCCAUGAGCAAAGAGGAAGCCGACCAGCCCCCGUCCUGCGGCCCUGAGGACGACGUCCAGCUCCAGCUGGCCCUUAGUUUGAGCCGAGAGGAGCAUGAUAAGGAAGAACGGAUCCGCCGAGGGGAUGACCUGAGGCUGCAGAUGGCCAUAGAGGAGAGCAAGAGGGAGACUGGGGGCAAGGAGGAGUCAUCUCUCAUGGAUCUUGCCGACGUCUUCACGGCCCCAGCCCCUCCUCCAGCCUCAACCUCUGACCCCUGGGGAGGCCCAGCACCAAUGGCUGCUGCUGUUCCCGCAGCUGCCCCUGCCUCAGACCCCUGGGGGGGACCUGCUGUCCCCUCAGCUGCGGACCCCUGGGGUGGCCCGGCACCCACGCCCGCCUCUGGAGACCCGUGGAGGCCCACAGCCUCUGCAGGGUCUUCAGCGGAUCCCUGGGGUGGGGCCCCAGGUCCUGCGGCUGGAGAGGGACCCACGGCAGACCCCUGGGGAAGCUCUGAUGGUGGGGCCCCAGUCAGUGGACCCCCAGGUUCUGACCCCUGGGCACCCACACCGGCCUUCUCAGACCCCUGGGGUGGCUCCCCUGCCAAGCCCAGCACCAAUGGCACUUCAGCAGCCAGUGGCUUCGACACCGAGCCUGAUGAGUUCUCAGACUUUGACCGACUCCGCACGGCCCUGCCAACCUCUGGGAGUAGCACAGGGGAGCUGGAGUUGCUCGCGGGAGAGGUGCCUGCGCGUAGCCCUGGAGCAUUCGACAUGAGUGGGGUUGGGGGGUCUCUGGCUGAGGCUGUGGGGACACCCCCACCUGCCACCACCCCAGCCCCCACACCUCCUACACGGAAGACACCAGAGUCAUUCCUGGGGCCCAACGCAGCCCUUGUCGACUUGGACUCAUUGGUGAGCCGGCCGGGCCCUACACCACCAGGAGCCAAGGCAUCCAACCCCUUCCUGCCAAGUGGAGCCCCGGCCACCGGCCCCUCGGUCACCAAUCCCUUCCAGCCAGCACCUCCUGCGUCGCUCACCCUGAACCAGCUCCGUCUCAGCCCUGUGCCCCCAGUCCCUGGAGCACCCCCCACUUAUAUCUCUCCCCUUGGUGGGGGCCCUGGCCUGCCCCCUAUGAUGCCCCCAGGGCCCCCAGCCCCCAACACUAACCCCUUCCUCCUAUAAUCCGGGGGGAGGGAGGCUGGGCCUGCUGGUUUCCCCAUCCUGCUCCCUGGAGACCUUGCUCUCUGGGAGAUGGGUAUUGUGAGUGCAUGUGAAAUGGGGUCCCUCCCCCAGCGCCCUCCCCCUCCUGGGGCCCACUCACACUACGUCCUCUUACCGCAUUCCCAGCCCUCCUCCCCAAGAAAAACUGGACACGGGGUGUGGGGGGAGCUGGCCAGAGGAGGACCUUUACCAUGGCAUUAGAAGGGGGAGGACAGGGUCUCCCCACCCAUCCCCCCCAACCCUUCACCACCUCCCAAAUCAGUGUUUGAGCCUUCUCGUUCUCUGCGCCCUUUGGUGAAUCCUUGGUGAUGAUUUUGGCAACUUCGGGAAUAAAUGGCAAUUCUCAUG